AUGAGACCCCGACACAUUUUAACGGAUUCGGAUGAUCCCAUCACGUUAGGCAACCGCAACAGCAAAUUUAGAUUAGGGAACGAAAAGUUCUACACCUGCUGUGACGAGCCCUACCUGGACAUCACCUUCAACAUCACCAUGAGGCGAAAGACUCUCUUCUACACUGUGAACAUCAUCAUACCAUGCAUGGGCAUUUCAUUUUUAACCGUGCUCACAUUUUACCUGCCUUCAGAUAGUGGAGAAAAGGUAACGUUAUCAAUAUCAAUACUCAUCAGUCUCCACGUGUUCUUCCUUUUGGUUGUGGAGAUCAUACCUCCCACCUCCCUGGUGGUACCACUUUUGGGAAAAUACCUCAUCUUCGCCAUGAUCCUGGUAUCAAUUAGUAUAUGCGUAACUGUGGUUGUGCUGAAUGUCCACUUCCGGUCGCCACAAACUCACCGAAUGGCGCCGUGGGUAAAACGAGUGUUCAUACACAUCCUUCCAAGACUGCUCUUCAUGAAGCGGCCUCAGUACAAGUUCGAUACUACCAGAUCUCGAUUUACAACAUGUGGUGUUGUAGUCCGCUGUGGUGGUACAGCAAAACCUCUUUAUCCGUACCGACUCGCGGCGGCUGACGACGACUGCUGUGCUCCGGGGGCAUGGCCCCCACCUGCCACGCCCCUUAGACCCCUCACGAGGACCCCGAGUAAAGAGGACCUCACUCAUACUACGUAUGUUCAGUCUGGGGUUAGUGACAGCAAUCGUUUCGGUGGAAGCUGCGUGGUCCACGGAUCCACGGAGGGCGGAGUGCUAGGGGCUCCUGAAGAGGAGGCUCUAAGCCCAGUACCGGAUCCCCCACCGGGCUUCAGUCACUCCUCCUGCCCGCCUGAAGUGCAUAAGACAUGCUUUUGUGUGCGCUUUAUCGCCGAACACACCAGGAUGCUUGAAGAUUCUACUAAGGUAAAAGAAGAUUGGAAAUAUGUCGCGAUGGUGCUGGACAGAUUAUUCUUAUGGAUAUUCACACUGGCGGUUCUCGUUGGAACAGCGGGGAUCAUUUUGCAAGCCCCGACGCUUUACGACGACAGAGUACCAAUAGACAAGACUUUUAACCAAAUCGCCACUUCCACUCUUGUGAGGUGUCCACCGCCAUCGUAA